AUGGCUCCAAAAUCCACUCAUUGUGUUAUGCCUCUUUGGGCAACUACAUGGGCGGUGAUUAGUUCAUUAAUUUGCAUUUACGACGCAACCUACGUCCUAGUUCGUCCACGAAGUAUGGCGAAAGGUGACCUAUUUCAUAUCUUCUUCCCUUAUGCAAAAUAUAUCACCGUUGAUCCACUGUAUGGAAAUUUAAAAAAUGCAUUUGUUAUCGGACAAAGUUGGAUGAACUGUGUUGAGUUGACUCUCGCCUUACUUUCUGUCGUUCUUUAUUAUGUACUUCGAAAACGGAAUACAGGUUGUUUUCUUCUUUUAAUCGCUAGUACUAUGACAUGGUCAAAAACGGUUUUAUACUUCAUUCAUGAUUAUUAUGAACGGCCAUUGCAUCCACAAGAUCUACCAAUUAAAAUUGAGACAUGGGAAUAUUAUUGUAUGUUCAUUUUACCAAGUUCAUUGUGGGUUGUAUUCCCAUUUUUGUGUAUGUGGAGUAUUGGUGGACAAAUUUUGACUAUACUCAAUUCAAUCAAUGAGAAAACCAAAACAAAAUAA